UUGGCUCGGGGAAGCGCCGCCGCCACCGCCACCAAACAAACCGGAGCGCGGCCCCGGGAACGGGAGCGCGGGGUCCUGCCGCCACCGCGCCUCCCAUGAGCCGGGCACGGCCGGCCAGCGAGGCUGAGCUGUGUGGGAGCACGGACGCGAGGGAAGGAUGCCUGUGGUGUGGCCGACCCUGCUGGACCUCAGCAGGGAUGAGUGCAAGAGGAUCCUGCGCAAACUGGAGCUGGAGGCCUAUGCAGGUGUCAUCAGUGCCUUACGAGCGCAGGGAGACCUCACGAAGGAGAAGAAGGAUCUUCUGGGAGAACUCUCCAAAGUGCUUAGCAUUUCCACGGAGCGACACCGCGCCGAGGUUCGGCGGGCGGUGAAUGAUGAACGGCUGACCACCAUCGCACACAACAUGUCUGGACCCAACAGCUCCUCGGAGUGGUCCAUCGAGGGCCGUCGCCUGGUGCCGCUGAUGCCGCGGCUGGUGCCGCAGACGGCCUUCACCGUCACCGCCAACGCCGUGGCCAACGCCGCCGUGCAGCACAACUCCUCCCUCCCCCUGCCUUCAGACACCGGCAGCAAGGAAGUGGUGGUUUGCUAUUCCUACACAAGUACCACUUCAACCCCAACCUCCACCCCAGUUCCAAGUGGCAGUGUAGCAACAGUGAAGUCCCCCAGGCCCGCCAGCCCAGCCUCCAGUGUAGUCGUCUUGCCAAGUGGAAGUGCUGUGUACGUCAAAAGCGUCAGCUGCUCGGACGACGAUGAGAAGCCCCGCAAAAGGCGGCGAACGAAUUCCUCCAGCUCUUCCCCCGUGCUCCUGAAAGAAGUCCCGAAGGCAGUGACUCCUGUCACUAAAACUAUCACGGUGCCUGUAAGUGGCAGCCCCAAAAUGAGUAACAUAAUGCAGAGCAUUGCCAACUCCCUGCCACCACACAUGUCGCCUGUGAAAAUAACCUUCACGAAGCCCUCGACGCAGACGACAAACACCACAACACAGAAGGUGAUAAUAGUAACCACCUCUCCAAGCUCAACUUUCGUACCCAACAUCCUGUCCAAGUCCCACAACUAUGCAGCAGUCACCAAGCUGGUCCCCACCUCGGUGAUCGCCUCGACAACGCAGAAGCCGCCGGUGGUGAUCACGGCGGCCCAGCCCUCGGUGGGCAGCAGCAGCAGCAGCUGCCCCGCUGCCCCCUGCACUGCCAGCACCAUUGCUGUCACUGCUGUCGUGUCCUCCACGCCCUCCGUGGUCAUGUCCACCGUGGCACAAGGUGUGUCCACAUCAGCCAUCAAGGUGGCCUCCAGCAGGCUGCCCUCCCCGAAGGCUCUGGUGGGCAGCCCCUCGCAGCUCCUGGCGCAGUUCCCCAAGCAGCACCAGCAGCCUCCCAAGCAGCAGCUGCACCAGGUCCCGCCGGCCCAGCAGCAGCAGCAGCAGCUGGUGCCCUCCUCGGGGGCCCAGCAGCAGCCCCAGCAGGCCCAGCUGCCCCCUGGCAUCAAGCCCACCAUUCAGAUCAAGCAGGAAUCAGGUGUUAAAAUAAUCACUCAACAGGUGCAGCCCAGUAAAAUCCUUCCCAAACCAGUUACAGCGACCUUGCCCAGCAGUAGCAAUUCACCCAUUAUGGUGGUUAGCAGUAAUGGGACUAUCAUGACAACUAAACUGGGCACUACUCCCACUGGCGCUCCAGCGACAUACACCCGGCCCACCGUCAGCCCGUCCCUGGGGGCUCGCAUGGCUGGGGCCCCGGGGGCUGCCACCUACGUCAAAACCACCAGUGGCAGCAUCAUCACCGUGGUCCCAAAGUCCCUGGCCACUCUGGGAGGGAAGAUUAUCAGCAGUAAUAUUGUCUCUGGAACUACAACCAAAAUCACCACAAUUCCAAUGACAUCCAAACCCAAUGUGAUUGUUGUGCAAAAGACUACUGGGAAAGGAACUACAAUCCAAGGGCUUCCAGGCAAGAACGUUGUCACGACGCUGCUGAACGCUGGGGGGGAGAAAACUAUUCAGGCAGUGCCAGCAGGAGCAAAACCUGCUAUCAUCACUGCCACAAGACCCAUCACAAAAAUGAUUGUUACACAGCCCAAAGGAAUAGGGUCCACGGUCCAGCCAGCCACCAAAAUCAUCCCAACUAAAAUUGUUUAUGGGCAGCAAGGGAAAACGCAGGUCCUGAUCAAACCAAAGCCAGUGACGUUCCAGGCCACAGUGGUGAGUGAGCAGACCAGGCAGCUGGUGACAGAGACGUUGCAGCAGGCAUCCAGGGUGGCAGAGACAGGAACCCCAGCUCUGCCAGAGGUGAAGGAGGAACCACAGACCUACACCGACAGCAGCUCCUCGUCCACAGAGUCCUCCCAGAGCUCUCAAGAUUCUCAGCCUGUGGUCCAUGUGAUUGCUUCAAGAAGUCAAGACUGGUCAGAACACGAAAUUGCUGUGGACACAAGCCCUACAAUAAUUUACCAGGAUGUAUCCAGUGAAUCUCAGUCAGCUACUUCCACAAUAAAAGCUUUGCUGGAACUUCAGCAGACAACAGUGAAGGAGAAGUUGGAAUCGAAGCCAAGGCAGCCCACCAUUGACCUGAGCCAGAUGGCUGUCCCAAUCCAGAUGACUCAAGAAAAGAGGCAUUCCCCAGAAAGUCCUUCAAUUGCUGUUGUAGAGUCAGAAUUAGUGGCUGAAUAUAUCACAACUGACUCAGGAAGACAACACUGUAUUGGUUCACAUUCGGAAGAAUAUCUACACAACCAUAUAGUGAGCCAUCGGCAGCCCCCGGCGCCGGCGCAGCCCCCGCGGACCCUCCUGCAGCACGUGGCGCAGUCGCAGACGGCAACGCAGACCUCUGUGGUGGUGAAAUCCAUCCCCGCCUCCUCCACGGGCGCCAUCACCCACAUCAUGCAGCAGGCCUUAAGCAGUCACACUGCAUUUACGAAACACAGUGAACAACUUGGGACCGAGGAGGGAGAAGUGGAAGAGAUGGACACCUUAGAUCCUCAGACUGGCCUGUUUUACAGAUCUGCCCUGACACAGUCACAGGCACAAAAGCAGCAAAAACUGAGUCAGCCACAGCUGGAACAGACUCAACUGCAAGUGAAAACUCUGCAGUGCUUCCAGACCAAGCAGAAGCAGACAAUCCACCUGCAGGCCGACCAGAUCCAGCACAAACUCCCGCAAAUGCCCCAGCUUUCCAUAAGGCAUCAAAAGCUAACCCCCCUGCAGCAGGAGCAAGCACAGAGCAAACCAGAUGCACAGCACCCCCCCCACCACAUGAUGGCCAAAGAGAGGCAACUCCCCACCUUAGUGGCACAGCCACAGCAAACUGUAGUGCAGGUGCUGGCAGUAAAAACCACGCAGCAGCUGCCCAAACUGCAGCAGGCACCAACGGCACAAAAAAUCUACGUGCAACCCCAGCCCCCCCCGAGCCCAGUGCAGCUCCCUGCCUCUUCAGACAAGCAGCCAGCGAGCCAGGUGCAACAUCGAACUCUAAUGCAAGGAGUUACAGAGUUAACUCUGGGGGGGUGUCAGCCUCCCGUGGUUGCAGAGGUAGCAGGUGGCAGUGGUGUGCCCCAGCUGGCACUGCCGGUUACCAGCCUAUUUCCCAUGCAGGCACCCCCGGAGGCAGCAGUAGCAGAUAUUUUGAGAGUGUCUGUGGUGGAAGCUCACACUGAUGCAAACAUAGAGCACACGGUAGUGGAUCCCCCAGACCAGGCCACGUCCACUAGUAAAGUCUCUAGUGAAGCAGAGUCGUCACCUUGUCCCCAGGUGCCUCGGGUGGCUGCUCUAGGGACGACGGCAACAACCUCCACCCCCCAGCAACAGCCCCGGACAGAGCCCAGCCCAGCCCCUCCUGCUGCUGCUGCUGCUGCUGCUGCUCCCACCGAGGCACAGGGAGUGCCCCCAACAAACCAGUUUGUGCACAUUCAGAACCUCUCCCAGAAGAAAGCUGAAGAGAGCUCCUCAGAGGUCGUCGUCCAGACUAUCCCUCACUAUUCCAUCCCUUGUCACUCCAGCUCCAACGUGGUGGUGGAACCCAGCGGGCUCCUGGAGCUCAACAACUUCACCAGUCAGCGCCUGGAUGACGAGGAGACGGCGAUGGAGCAGGAUGGGGACAGUGGCCCCGAGGAUGGCCCCGAGCCCAGCCCCUCCCGGAGCUCUGCUGAGCAAUCCUGAGCAACUGGGACGCUGGAGUGCACUUUAGAAUGUCUUGGGAUUCUGAGGAUCCAAGAUGCCCUCGUGUUGUGAUGUCCUGGAGCACUUUGCCCGUUAGAGUUGUUCGUUGGACCCUCGGAGCAUCGGUGUGUUUUAACAAGGCGGCGGCGCAGAAGCUGCGUCUUCAAAACUCUUUCCAAAAGAAAAAAAAAAAAAAGAGAAGAAAAGAUGUAGUUCCCAAGAUUUAGUAAAGCUGUGACAGUGGAAUGUACUCCUGCUCAAACACCAGACUGCAGCAAACUCUGCAGCUCGUGCUCUGGAAGCCCCUGCCCAGAUAUUCAAACAGCUCCCAGUGAAAAGGGGUCGUCGCUUUGCCGGGUCCUUCCCUUGAGAAAAACACCAUCAAAAAAAAAAAAAGAGAGAGAACAUUUAAUAAAUGCUUGUAUUUUCAAACAGCAUGUGAGAGAAGAAGUGUCUCUGACAGUGCUGGAAUUUUGGAAUUGGUCAGCUUUCUUGCUCACUUAGAGAUAAGAUUUGGUGGGGUUUUUUUCAUAAGACUAAAAAUAUAUUUUUUUUAAAUUCUUGUUGGUGAAUGUUUGGAAAUAAGCAAAAUCACUAACUGACAGAAAAGUGGAUUUGCUGGUGGAUUUUGUUUUCAUGCUUUACAAGAAGUAGGGAGAUGGUAUAUGAGGCAUUUCUUUUGCCAUAAGUGCACAAAAUGCUCAUCUACUCCAGUUAAUCUUUGAUUAUUUAUUAAAGUGAGGCCAAGUUGUUGAAGACAUUCCUGUGAAACAGGCAGUUGUGUUAAUUCUGAUACAAACUGAGUUGGGGGGGUGUCUUUUGCUAUAAAUCAGUUUUUCAAAAUUGGGGAUAAGUGGUUCAACGUCUUUCCAAGUUGAACUUGUGAAUUUAGAAGUGAUGUAAGGCUUUUAAAAAUCUGUAUUUUACUCUUACAUGCUGUUCUUAAAGUUGACCAUUUGGGUAGUUUAAAGGCUUAAAUGGGCAUAGAGGGGCAGGUUUCCAAAAUGAGCCUUAUGCCUUGGCUUGUUGAAGCAAUACAUUGGGGUUUGUGAUAGUUCCAGGUCACGGAGACAGGUUUGGGUUCAGAGGGGAGGAGAGAACCAGUUUUAAUACCAGUUUUAAUACAUUCUGGUAAUCAAGACUUUUUUUUUUUUUUCCAAAUGUGUAUAAACCCACGUUUUUAACUGUUUUGUAUAGAUUUCAUUAUAAAUAACUAAGCGUUUUACGACUUUGCCAUAUCAUUUAAUUGUACAUACAUCUGGAAGCCUAACUGCCCACGGUUCGGUGCUCAACUACUACUGUAAGUAGAUCUCAUCCAAAGUCUAAUACAGCUCUUUGCCUCAGUCUUUUUUUUUUUUUUAAGCUGUGAUUUUGCUGUUGAUAUUGUAGUAAAGGUUAAAUUCCAACUGGAGUAACUCAAACGAAAAAAUACAAACCCUAAAACCCA